UCGCAUAGUUACGAUUUUGUUUUAUCAAUUAUAAAUAUUUUGUUUUUCAAACCUAAGUAUUUGCACUUUGAGGACUUUUUAAUAUUUACACAAAUAUCUAACAUUCACAAUGAAGAAGGUGAUGAAAGAUUUAGCCCCUAUAGCUAUCCCUCAUGGGCCCCCGGUGGAGUCCACUUCUGAAUACUAUAAAUCUUUAAUGGAAAGUUCUCGUAUGGUUAAAAAAUAUCCAGUAUGGGAUGUAGCUCGUCCAACACCUCAAGUUUUGAUGGAACAAGCUCGAAGAGAUCUCAUGGAGGCGGACGAGAAACUAGCACUCAAAAGAAAUGAGGAGAAAGAAAACAGGAGAAUGAUGGAUGAAAAAUGGAAAGAAUUACGAGAAAAGGAAAUGCUGUUGAAGGAAUCUUUUAUAAGCUUUAAUAAGUUUAUUCGCGAGAAUCAAGAGAAACGCGAUAGGGCUGAACGUAAAAUGGAAGCUGACACGGAAGUCCUCCAGCGUAAGACGCGUGAAACCGAGGCUAUGAGGCAGCGUGUGUCUGAGAUGGAGGAAGUGAAGGAAUUGAUGGAACAACAAGUCCGAGACUACACUAUAUACGAGGACUAUUUGAUGUCCGUCGUACAUAAUUACCCAGAAUUCAAGCAGCCGUUAGAUGUACUCAACCGUUAUGAGGCCUUAGCUGCGGCGAAGAGUUCCCUGGCAGAGCGACAGGAAAGAGACUUGGAGUUGUUGGAGAGCGCUAGAAGACAAAUCGCAACUCUUACUGAAGAAAAGAAGCUUUGCAUAAUGGGCCUUAAUAAUACACUUGCUGAUUUGAGGUGGCGUUUUGACAAGGCGAGAAAUCGUGUCGUCAAAUGGGAGUUGGCGUUGGAGCGUCUGAAGGAGACGGCGGCUAGACGUCAUGUCGAACUCUGUCACGUUCGGGCCGCAGUGUGGAGCUUGUACUUGAAGAUUUGCAAACAGAAAGGUCUGGAAGUGGACGUUUCUGUGGACGACUACGAGCAGCAACUGGUUGUCGUGAUGAGAGCUCUGUUAGAGCUGAGGCGUAUAUACCGCAUAGCUCAGAGGCGGUCCAAGGAGAAGGAUGCGGAAUCAAUGCAAACGUCUUGAAAACGGUUGAUUAAAAUUUUUCAUGUCUUUCUUGUACUUGAAUAAAUUAUGAUAAGAAAAUGAUAUAAGUAAUUUAACAAGUACUGAAAACUUCUUCAAAGUCUAGCUAAUUAAAUCAUCAACGUUUAAAGGACUUGGCAACAAUUAAAAGUUUUGUAAUUACAGUCAACUUAAAUAUGAAGUUCCUAACUAGAAAGAGUUAAAUACCUCGUGAAAUUACUAAGUUUCGUUCACAUAAAAUCUUGGGAAUUUCAACUCUGCCUACACUUUAUUUCAAAUUUAACUUACUUCAAAAUUCUCUUUAAAUAGUAUUUUUAAUAUGCUUUAAAUGGGUUUCUACUUUAUAGUUUCUAGAGUUAUUUUAAUCAUUGUUUUAACAGCCGUUCACAAACCACUUCGUUAAAAGUGUAAACCAAUUAACUAUGAAAAGCUCAUGUAAUAUAAGAGGGUGUCUGCAGGAUACGUUCACUUGCUCCUUGGAAAUAGGCGAGUGAAAACGUAAGAAUUGUGAUAAAAUUUUUGGAGAUCAUAAAAAUUUAAACCUUUUUAUUAAGAGCGGUUUAUACUUAACAUGAUAUUGACAGAAAUUAAAGAGAAUCUAUAAAUAAAAGACCAGAGAUUUCCCUCCAAAAAAUUAUAUUGUGUAUUUCAUCAUCAUCAUCAUCAGCCUAUACUGGUCCACUGCUAAACAUAGGCCUCUCCAAUUGCA